AUUAUUGGAGAUUCGGUCACACCUUAUCGAACUAGCAUUAAACUUGACCAGACAUCUGUUUAAAAAUUAACUAGAAAAAUGAGCAACGAAUCGCCCAAAGCCCAAAUCUCGCAAGAAAAGAUUGUUGCCCAGUUUCAACAGCUACGCAACGAACAAAGAAACUUGGCCAACAGUCUCAACACUCUUCAAAUGGAUCUGCGCGAACACAAAACUGUGAUAGAAACCCUCAAUUCGGCGGAUCCGGAACGCAAAUGCUUUCGCCUGAUUGGUGGCGUUCUGUGCGAACGAACCGUAAAAGAGGUGUUGCCACAGCUGGUGGAAAAUAAGGAUUUCAUUGCGAAAACCAUCACAAUGGUCACCGAGGAUCUGAGCAAAAAGGGUGUCGAAAUCAACAGCUUCAAGGAGGAGCACAACAUCAAAAUACGAGGCGAACAAAUUGGCACCGAGGCCACAAAGCCCACGGAGGCGGAGAGUGGCAGCAAAUCGGAAAAUCGCAAUGUGCUGGUGUCCAACUAAUGUCCCCCAAAAUAGUAAAGAAUGCCAAACAGCAGCAGCAGCAUCAUUGAUGAUGGAUUCAUUGUGUUUUGCGGCACUACAAUAAUGAUUAUGCAUUGAUUAUGAUUCUAAUGUUAUAUGUAAUUUUAGCAAUAAGGCGCAUAACUCCCCUUUAAAAUUCACCCAAACACACACACACACAUAACACGCCCCACAAUUAAAAACAGAAUGAGAGCUAAA